GCCAUCCAGCAGGGACAGACCCUGAGCAGCAGCCUCUGCGUUGAGCUCAGGCAGAGUUGUUUUUAGCCAGUAGAAUUUGUAGGUAAUAUUGGGCACGUCAAAAGAAUUGGCAAAACUUGGAGCUGCUUGAGUGCAAGCUGUGGCGAAGAUGGAAGAAGGAUGUGCAGAAGAUGCCAUGUUCCAUUUCCCAAGGGAUGGGAAGACCCCCAGUGAGGAGGAGGUCUUUCAUGCUGUGGCACAAAGAUCUCAUCGCCUGGUGUGCUAUGUUCAUGUUUUGAAAUCAAGAUUGAUUAGCCAACACGAGAAGACCCAGCUGGUUAUGUGACUCAGAACCCUGUUUAUGAAGCACCCGCUCCUUUUUACAAGACAACUGUCCAGAGGAAGAAAUGACCAUGUAGAUUCUACAGCUUGGGUGCAGCAUAAUGGGAAAUGGUGAAUGGAGUGGAGCUGGUCUGCAGCCUUGAGAGCAGCUGUUCUGUGACCUCCAGUCAGUCAGGGACACUCUCCACGCCAGAGGCAUCCUCCACGUCGCUCGCCGGACACACGCGGGAUUCUUUUUAAUUCCUCGGAUUGGAAUUCAACUUUCCUCUCCUUCAGUUUUUAAACAGUUUUAAGAUUGUAUCAACUACAAACGAGUGGAGCAAUAUAACCAGCCACAAUGGGUGACAUGACAAAUAGCGAUUUUUAUUCCAAGAACCAAAGAAAUGAGGCCAACCAUGCCGGAGAGUUUGGGUGCACACUGCAGGAACUGCGCUCCCUCAUGGAACUCCGAGGGACAGAAGCAGUAGUAAAAAUUAAAGAGACAUAUGGGGAAACAGAGGGGCUCUGCAGACAUCUGAAGACAUCACCAACAGAAGGAUUAGCCGGCACUGCUGCAGACCUAGAAAAAAGAAAGCUUAUUUUUGGAAAAAAUUUUAUACCUCCAAAGAAGCCAAAAACAUUCAUACAGCUAGUUUGGGAAGCGUUGCAGGACGUGACUCUUAUAAUCUUGGAAAUUGCAGCCAUCAUAUCUUUGGGGCUUUCGUUUUAUCAGCCGCCUGGUGAAGGGAAUGAAGGGUGUGGCACCGCAACGGGGGGAGCUGAGGAUGAGGGGGAGGCUGAAGCUGGCUGGAUUGAAGGUGCUGCCAUCCUCCUGUCUGUCAUCUGUGUUGUCCUGGUCACUGCCUUCAACGACUGGAGCAAGGAGAAGCAGUUCCGGGGGCUGCAGAGCCGCAUCGAGCAGGAGCAGAAGUUCACCGUGGUGCGAGGGGGACAGGUCAUCCAGAUCCCCGUGGCAGAGAUCGUGGUUGGGGACAUUGCGCAGGUGAAAUAUGGUGACCUUCUACCUGCUGAUGGGAUAUUUAUCCAAGGCAAUGACCUCAAAAUCGAUGAGAGCUCUUUGACUGGAGAGUCCGACCAGGUCCGCAAAUCCGUGGACAAAGACCCGAUGCUGCUGUCAGGCACCCAUGUCAUGGAAGGCUCUGGGCGGAUGCUGGUGACUGCUGUGGGGGUGAAUUCCCAGACUGGCAUCAUCUUCACUCUGCUGGGAGCUGGGGGAGAAGAGGAGGAGAAGAAGGACAAGAAAGAUUCUUCCCAUCCCUCCUCCCACCCUCCUCCAGCCACAGAUGGUGCAGCAGGUGCAAAUGCCACUGAUAAUGCAAAUGCCAGCUUAGUCAAUGGCAAGAUGCAGGAUGGGAAUAUGGAGAACAACCAGAACAAAGCCAAGCAGCAGGAUGGGGCUGCUGCCAUGGAGAUGCAGCCGCUGAAGAGCGCAGAAGGGGGAGAGGGAGACGACAAGGACAAGAAGAAAUCCAACAUGCACAAGAAAGAGAAAUCCGUCCUUCAGGGAAAGCUGACCAAGCUGGCAGUGCAGAUUGGCAAAGCAGGUCUGGUGAUGUCUGCCAUCACUGUCAUCAUCUUGGUACUGUAUUUUGCCAUUGACACCUUUGUGGUCAACAAGAAGCAGUGGUUGCCUGAGUGCGCUCCUGUCUACGUUCAGUAUUUUGUUAAAUUCUUCAUUAUUGGUGUUACUGUGCUCGUGGUUGCUGUUCCUGAGGGACUCCCACUUGCUGUCACUAUUUCUCUGGCUUAUUCUGUGAAGAAAAUGAUGAGGGACAACAACCUGGUGCGGCACCUGGACGCCUGCGAGACCAUGGGCAACGCCACGGCCAUCUGCUCGGACAAGACGGGCACGCUGACCACCAACCGCAUGACCGUGGUGCAGGCCUACGUGGGGGACGUGCACUACAAGGAGAUUCCCGACCCCGACUCCAUCCCUGCCAAAACCAUGGAGCUGCUGGUCAAUGCAAUCGCUAUCAACAGCGCUUACACUACGAAAAUCCUGCCACCAGAAAAAGAGGGUGGGCUGCCUCGCCAGGUGGGCAAUAAGACAGAGUGUGGCCUCUUGGGAUUUGUCCUGGAUCUGAAGCAGGAUUACGAGCCUGUGCGGAGCCUCAUCCCUGAGGAGAAGCUCUACAAAGUUUACACCUUCAACUCCGUGAGGAAGUCCAUGAGCACGGUCAUUAAAAUGCCAGAUGGCAGCUUCCGCAUGUACAGCAAAGGAGCUUCCGAGAUUGUUCUCAAGAAGUGUUCCAGGAUCCUCAAUGCAGCCGGGGAGCCUCGGAUCUUCAGGCCCCGCGACAGGGAUGAAAUGGUGAAGAAAGUGAUCGAGCCCAUGGCCUGUGAUGGGCUGAGAACCAUCUGUGUGGCUUUCAGAGACUUCCCCAGCAGCCCCGAGCCUGACUGGGACAAUGAGAAUGACAUCUUAUCUGACCUGACUUGCAUCUGUGUCGUUGGCAUUGAAGACCCAGUAAGGCCAGAGGUGCCAGAAGCCAUCCGGAAGUGCCAGCGAGCUGGGAUCACUGUGCGCAUGGUCACCGGCGACAACAUCAACACUGCACGUGCUAUCGCCAUCAAAUGUGGCAUCAUCCACCCAGGAGAGGACUUCCUCUGCCUCGAGGGGAAGGAGUUCAACAGGAGGAUCCGAAAUGAGAAGGGAGAGAUCGAGCAGGAGCGGAUUGACAAAAUCUGGCCAAAGCUCCGGGUUCUUGCUCGCUCUUCCCCCACGGACAAACACACUUUGGUGAAAGGUAUUAUUGACAGCACACAGGUGGAACAGAGGCAGGUGGUCGCUGUGACUGGGGAUGGAACCAACGAUGGACCAGCACUUAAAAAAGCUGAUGUUGGAUUUGCAAUGGGCAUCGCUGGCACAGAUGUGGCCAAGGAGGCCUCGGACAUCAUCCUGACGGACGACAACUUCAGCAGCAUCGUCAAGGCCGUCAUGUGGGGCCGCAACGUCUACGACAGCAUCUCCAAGUUCCUGCAGUUCCAGCUCACUGUCAACAUUGUGGCUGUCAUUGUGGCCUUCACCGGCGCCUGCAUCACCCAGGACUCUCCCCUGAAGGCCGUGCAGAUGCUGUGGGUGAACCUGAUCAUGGACACGUUCGCCUCGCUGGCGCUGGCCACGGAGCCGCCGACCGAGGCGCUGCUGCUGCGCAAGCCCUACGGCCGCAACAAGCCACUCAUCUCCCGCACCAUGAUGAAGAACAUCCUGGGCCACGCCGUCUACCAGCUCACCCUCAUCUUCACCCUGCUCUUUGUUGGUGAGAAAAUGUUUAAGAUUGAUAGUGGGAGGAAUGCCCCACUUCACUCCCCUCCUUCUGAGCACUACACCAUCAUCUUCAACACCUUUGUCAUGAUGCAGCUCUUCAAUGAGAUCAACGCCCGCAAAAUCCACGGAGAGAGGAAUGUCUUCGAUGGCAUCUUCAGAAAUCCCAUUUUUUGCACUAUUGUCCUGGGUACAUUUGCCAUUCAGAUAGUAAUUGUCCAGUUUGGAGGAAAACCAUUCAGCUGUUCUCCCCUGCAGCUGGACCAGUGGAUGUGGUGUGUAUUUAUUGGAUUAGGAGAGCUGGUGUGGGGUCAGGUCAUUGCAACCAUCCCAACAAGUAGGCUAAAGUUUUUAAAGGAGGCAGGGAGGCUCACUGAGAAGGAGGAGGUCCCUGAGGAAGAGCUCAAUGAAGAUGUUGAAGAAAUAGAUCAUGCAGAGAGAGAACUCCGACGUGGACAAAUCCUCUGGUUCCGAGGGCUCAACAGAAUCCAAACCCAGAUCCGCGUCGUGAAGGCAUUCCGUAGCUCUCUCUAUGAAGGUUUAGAAAAACCAGAAUCUAGAACCUCUAUUCACAACUUUAUGACUCAUCCUGAAUUUAGGAUAGAAGAUUCCCAGCCCCACAUCCCACUCAUUGAUGACACAGACCUAGAAGAAGACCCUGCUCUCAAGAAAAACUCGAGUCCACCGUCCUCGCUGAACAAGAACAACAGUGCUAUCGACAGUGGAAUCAAUCUUACAACUGAUACAAGUAAAUCAGCUACCUCUUCUAGUCCAGGAAGCCCAAUACAUAGCCUGGAGACAUCACUUUAGCUGAAAAGGUCACUGCAAAAACAAAAACAAAAAAAAAAGAGAAAAAAGAAAUAUAAAAAGUUAAAGUAAAAUAAAAUAAGAAACCCCACAGCAACCGAGAUAUAUAAAUAUAUAUAUUAAAAAAACAUUGCUGGCUGAAAAGCUGUUUGAACUCUUAUUCACUCUGAGACAAGUGAAUGAAUUGUUGAUCACAAUGGUUUUGGGGAAAGAAUGAAUGGCUGAUUUACAUACCCCCCUCCUCCCCUUCCCUUUCAGAAAAACAAAAACAAACAAAAAAAUCCUCCUGCAUGAAUGUACUGUACACUGCUGGCCCUUCUUUUUCCUCUUUUUCUUUGUUUUUAUUUCCUUUUUUGUUGUUGUUGUGGUUUUUUUUUUUUUUUCCCUUGGUUUUUUUUCUUGUUUCUGUUUUUUUUGGGUUUUUUUUUCCUCCUUAAGCAGGAACUGCAGAGGACUUCUUUCUGAGGCUGUUUAUCCAAUUCACUGGUCUGUGAGUUUUUUGAAAUGCUUGUGUGGCAUGGACUCAAUUGUAUAGAUUAAUUUAAAUAACUUUUUUGAAGUUGCAAAGCUUAACUUGCACAGUAGAUUUGCACCAGUUGGACAGAGGAACUUAAACAUUUAUGAGACUAUAUAUAGAGAUAUAUACAUAUAAGUAUAUAGAUAAUUAAUUAUAUAUAUGUAUAUAUCUAUCUAUAUAUAUAUAGUUAUAUAUAUAUAAAGUUUCUUUGUUGGCAUGUUGCCUUGUUUCUGCUCAAAUUGCUCUGACUAUUUUAACUUAUUUAUGUCCUAAAAAAAGAAUGUAAUUUGUUUACAAACCUGUAGAUAAUAUCCUUAACUAUUUGUAGGGUUAAGAAAGCACUUCCUGCCGAAGUAGUAUAAAAAUGGCUCAGCUCAGCUCAUUGAAAAUGUCUGUACUCUCACAACCUGGAUAUUUUAUUACAACUGUGCUCUGAUUUCUGCCUGAUUUUUUUUGGUUUGGUUUGGUUUGGUUUUCUUUUUUCUUUUUUUUUUUUUUUUUCCUUUUUUUUUUUUUUGGUUAAUAAUGUAGAUACUGCUAGUAAAUAACAAAAGAAGCCAAAAUAUAACACAUUGGAUGUAGCAUUGUGAUCCUAUAUACAGGGAGGUAAACCAGGCUUCCUUUGUUUCAAAUAAAAAUCAAAAUGAUCAGGUUCUCUCCUUUUUUUUUUUCCUUCCUUCCCUCUGAUAAACUGCUUGAACUCAUUUUGGUGCAACGUACAAUAAUGGAGGCUAUUUCAUUCUUUAGACAUACAGCAAUGGCUUCAAAAACUAUUUUUAGAGAGACAUUAAAUGACUUUUUAAUUUAAAAUAAGUUAUAUUUGGUUUGUCUAUAUGGAGACAUAACAAAUGUUACAAUCUUGUGAUAUACUGUGUUAAUCCUUUUCAAUUAGUACUUUAGGCGUUUAUUUCCUUAUUAUUUGCAAAUUAUGGGCUGUUGGCAUUUUGGAUGAGAAUCACUGUAGGUUGCUGCUUUGAUUUAUUUUUUUUUAAGAACAACAUAAUUUCUGCACUAUUAGGACUGAACAAAUCUUUAUUAAUUGUGUAUUGAGAUGUGCUUUGUGUGAUUAUUUUUUUUUUUAACCACGCUUGUGUUCCUGUAGUAACACAGUAAUACAUUAUUUUACCUUGAGCUUUCUGCCAAGAAAGCUGCUUUGAAAACCUGCAGUACGGAAGGUGAAAAAUAUUUUUCAAGAUGGUAACAGCCCUAAAAACGUAAAAAUUAUGAGCUUAUACAAUUGCUUUGUCAACCACUUGAAUGCUAAGCACUUUGUGGAUCACAGAUUUUUCAUAAAUGAUUUUUGUAUUUAAUAUAAAGUUUGCUUGAAGACUUUUCAGCAUAUGAUUUUUUCCAUAACUGUACAGUGCAAAAGACAUUUGGAAUUACACAAUCGAUCAUGCCAGGCACGUUGGAACCAAACACCCUCCAACCAUCUCAGUCAAUUGAGUUAUUAAGGUGUUUUUCUGGUUGUCCUAAAGUUGGGUCCAUACAGUGGCGCAUCUCUGCAGUCACAGCAGCUUAACCAAGCCAGAACUCUCCAAACCGAGCUUAGACUCGUGGCCAAACUGCAGACUGAAGCCAGAUGUUUUCAGGGUGCAUCAGGACUAUCAGCCAGGUAAAGCUCUAAGCAGCUUCCCUUGCCAGCUGCUGGACUCUGGGGUAGGAGCUCUGCUGCUUUUGGCUCGUCCUUAGCUCUGUGGUCCAGGCUGUGCCCAGGUGAGCAGUGGGACCUGGCCCGAGCCCCCAGCUGUGGUGGCUGGCUCCCAGCACCCCGGCAGGAUGGUGCUCUGAAAUUGGUGAUUCCCCUUGUACACCACGGAUUGGCUCUCUGGGGCCUGCCUGGGAUUUCUGUCCAGAAGACAAACGCGGUCUCUAUUUACAGGGAAGCCUCUAGCUUUGGACUCGAACAUCUACAGAAUACUGGAAUGGUUUCUUUUCAGCAUCUUAACACACUGACUGUUUGCCUUUUUGUUUUCAAACACUCUUCAUAUUUUUUCUUGGUUCCAUUUUUUUUUAAUUUUUCCUUUUUGAAUGUUUUCCUGUAGGAGUACCCCUCCCUAAGGUACCAUUCGCAGACUUGAAAACUGUUAAGAAAACGAACACUGCAUUCUGUGUAUAUAUAGUAAAACAUAUAUAAACUGAGAUGCAUAGAAAACUUGGGCUUUUGUGAGCAGAGACUGUGCUUUAUGUAUAUGAUAAAUGAUAGACUUUUUUUUUUUUUUUAAAGCAGAAUAGCUAUGACCUUUCAACUACAAGUCGUGCAUCACAAUUCCUUUCUUUUAUUGCUUGACCUCUCUGUGAUGGGAACAAUGGAUCAAAAACCAAAAUGAUCAGUUUGUUAAAAUUCCCUGCAAUAUAUAAAUGCUCGCUCUCUACGUACUGUACUUAGCAGCAUGAGAUUUGUGGACAACAAUACAGUGGUACAUUGGCAAUCCAUCCCACUAGGGGUUAUUAAUAUAUGUUCAUUCAUCUGUUUUUAUGAAUUUUUUUAUCUAGACAAUAAUUGUAAAUAAAGAACUUAACUCUGUCUGUUCAUUUAAUACUAUGCAAAAGGUUAUGCUUUCUAUUGUUAUUCUUAUUCCUACAGUGUGAUGCUGGAAUGUUUGUGGUUUCAAAAAAAAAAACAAACAAAAAAAGACAAAAGUAAGUAAAAUAUGUGAUGUAAAUUAUUUUAUAGUUUGAAAGAAAAUGAUAAAGUUUUACUCUUGCUGCUUUCUGUCUAAUAGAUCUCUCUUGGCAGGAGCACAAGUGGAAAAUUUAAAGAAAUAAAUUCACAAAGCAGCAUGAACAAUAA